UUGUGGGCGGCGUGAAAGUGAUGGGCAACAAGGAGUGAGUAGGAAGAAUCAUCACCCACCACCAUGACUGAUCAUCAUAGGAUCUCCCGCGUGGGACUGCUGGAUCCUGCCAGGGAGGGUCCUUUCUCACUGGACGCCGCCCUCCUGCUCCGCCACCUGCCUCCCACACCCGCGGUCAACCGCGUCACUGCCAGCGGCUCCGGCGGCGGCGGCGGAGGAGGAGGCUUCGACAAUGUAGGGUUCGACUUGGAGUCUCUGGGGGAGGUGAAAGCAGGGUGUCGACGCCCCCUGAUGAGUGUGCAGGGACGAACACUGUUCCCUGAGGAACACGUCCUGUCGUCCCUGUGCAGGCAGCCCAAGUCCCUGCCGCCCACGCCCGUGCUCAGCACCCACGCCCAUCGUUCCAGCUUAUCCCAGCAGGCCAAGCUUGGCGGCAGUGUGAGUGUCAUCCAGGUCAGUGACGACAACACGACCCACAACGUUGUGUUCACUAGCGACCAGACACGACACGCGGCAGACAAGUGCAGAAAAGGCAACACAGGUGGAAAGACGGAGAAAAAGGACGUGGGAGAUGCUGGGAAGGUAGAGGAAAGAACAGAAACAGUGAAUGUGCAGUUUAAAUCAGUCGGGGUUGAAGGCUCGCCCUGCGGCACGCCGCAGAAAACUAGCGCCUCGAAGAAAACGGCGUGUGGGAGGGAGGUGUGUGGGGGUGAGAGAGGCAGUGUGAGAGAGACCAUGGUGGAGGCAGGGGGAGGCACGCGGCCCUCCGCUGCCACUAGUGUAUCCGUUGCGGGUACAACCAGGAUGCCCGCCAGUGCCCGAGUGUCUAGGAGCGGUGCCCCUACCAGCAGUGUAUCUAGUGUUGUGUUCUGUGCGGCGCCCACGCCCGCACCCACCGUCAGUGCACUCACUAAAGUGUCCAGUGUCAGGAUUGUACCCACGCCCACGCCUACGCCCACGCCCAGCAUUAGUGGGCACGACACGCCCACGCAUCAGGCCAGAGGCAGUCAGCCAGCAGCCCCAAGACCCGCCCCUAGGCCACCCAGACCUGGCCUAGCCAGACCCAGCAGUCAGGGGGAGGCGGUGCAGCAGCAGCAGCGCCUCUACCUGCACCACCCACUGCUGCACCUGCCGCAGCAGCAGCAGCCGCAGCCGCCGCAGCUGCCGCCGCAGGGGCAGGUACUACAGCAGCAGCCACAACAGCAACAGGGGCAGGAACAGCAGCAGCUGCAGCAGCAACAUCAACAACAACAGCAGCAGCAGCAAUUGCAGCAGCACCAACAGCAGCAACAGCAGCUGGAGGCGCGACGGGGUGAACGGGAGCGCCGUCGGGAGCGCCGCCGGGAGCGGCGGGAGCGUCGCGCCCAUCGUUCAGGGGCCGCCCACGGCCAGACCGACCUGGGGGAAACCAACCCGCCACCCACCGCCGCCCACGAUGCCCACCUGCCUGACCUGCUUCACUCCCACGUGCCGCCCCCCUACUCCACGCUCCCCGGGGGAGUGCGCCCCCUGGGUGCCCUGAUGGGUCCACCCCCUCCUGCUGUGCCCCCGCCCCCGCCGCCCAUGGCCCUACACGUGCCCCCGCCACCGCCCCCCGGGCCACCGCCGCCCCCUGGCUUCCCUGCCCCGGUGCCAGGCUCACCUCUCAGGUUACCACACGACAACCCAUGGCCCUUCUUCGGCUCUAGAAGGUCGCGAGGGUCUCCCCGGGGCCCGCCCUACCUGGGGGAGGAGGAGGCCAAGUCUUGUUGCGGCUUGAUGGUGACGCAAGCGGUCAGCAUUCGCUGGUUUAUCAUCAUGAUAGCCUUCGUUGGUCUGUGUUGUACGGUGGUCGGCACAGUACUGGGUGCGGUCAAGACUUACAACUCAGAGUACGUCACCAUCACGCUUCUCAUGAUCGGUGUGGGCAUUGUGUUGAUCACAGUGUCAGGGGUAGCGUGGCACCUCACUUCACGUGAUGCCCCAUGUAGGGUCAUGCUGGGUCUGGCACCUCAUGAUCCUGCCAGAGGGGAGCCUCGUCGCUUCAUGGCACGCAUGGCGCCGGCAUUUGGUCGACCACAUCAUCCUUAUGCUGGCAAGUCAUGCUCCAAGAAAUCAGCCAACGUCAUCAUCGAGGUUAAAUAUGUAGAGGUUCUCUUCCACUGCCUACAAAGAAGAUCAUCAGACACUGGCCGAGAAACGCAGAAAAUGGAUGAUGGUACCAUGACUCACGAAAUCGUAAUGACACGAUUGCAAACAAACCAGAAUACUGGUAGGGGUUUGAACUCGCGCGGCAAUAAAACGAUGUUCAUGAAGUACGGUGACACUAUGAUGAUGUUCAUGAAGUACGGUGACACUAUGAUGAUGUUCAUGAAGUACGGUGACACUAUGAUGAUGUUCAUGAAGUACAGUGACACUAUGACGAUGUUCAUGAAGUACAGUGACACUAUGAUGAUGUUCAUGAAGUACGGUGACACUAUGAUGAUGUUCAUGAAGUACAGUGACACUAUGAUGAUGUUCAUGAAGUACGGUGACACUAUGAUGAUGUUCAUGAAGUACGGUGACACUAUGUUCAUGAAAUACAGUGACACUAUGAUGAUGUUCAUGAAGUACAGUGACACUAUGAUGAUGUUCAUGAAGUACAGUGACACUAUGAUGAUGUUCAUGAAGUACAGUGACACUAUGAUGAUGUUCAUGAAGUACAGUGACACUAUGUUCAUGAAAUACAGUGACACUAUGAUGAUGUUCAUGAAGUACAGUGACACUAUGAUGAUGUUCAUGAAAGCUGCUGCAGUAGAGAAUUUAAACACUGCUUUAUCAGCAACACUUUUCAUGAGCCAAGUUCCCAAGUUCUGA